CAGGAAUGAAUUAUGUUCAUUUCAAUUAUUAAAAUAAUCAUUAAAAUAAUAUGGACAAUCAAAAAAUUAUCAGAUGGAUAUGCCCAGAUCCUAAUUGUAAUUUAGGAAGAGUUAUUGAUACUGUUCCUGAAUUAUUAUUACAUUCACAACAAUAGCAUAAAUUAAUUAAGUUUGAUAAGUUUAGAGAGAUGAUUAUUACUUUUUUUGAUGAUAGUAAUCUCUCUCGUUUAUAAAAUGAAUAGCAUUAUUUAACUAUUGUCAAUAGUAUACAAACUCUUAUCACAUCUUUGAAAGACUCUUUGUAAAAUUUUGAAAACACUUUUAAAUAGUAAAUUUUGUACAAUUAAUAAUUCUAGAAAACUUGAUGAAUUCUAUGAAUAAAUACACCCUCGUUAGAUGUUUGUUGAUAUAACACAAGCUAUAAUGAGGUAGGAUGACAUAGAAAAAGAAAUCCUAAAUAUGUAUUUGAACAAUUACAUCAAAAAAUUUGAUAUUAGUUAAAAAACUUAACAAUAACUAGAUAAAUUAUAAAGUUAGAUCUUAAAUUUUUGUUAAUCAUAAAAGCCUGAUUUAUUAGGUUUAUUUGAAAAGUAAUUAAUGUUUCGUGAACCAGCCAAUGUUCUCAAAGAAUCAUAAUAAAUAAUUCCUUUAAUAUAAAUUUAAUAAAGAACUGAUUAAUUUGACAUCAAUAAAUCGAGCAAAGAAAUUAUAUUUGAAAAUAAUUUCAAAAUUGCAAGAGCAUAAAAUCAAAAGUGUUUUGCUUAUUUUAAAGGUGUAGAAGAAUAAAAAAAAGUCAUUAUGAAAGUAGAAAUCAAAAUACUAAAUAAUGAUGAUUAUAUAUUCAAUAUAGGAAUUGUAAAUGCUCAUCAUAAUCUAAAUGAUUAUGAUGGUUGUUUUCUACUUACAUAAACAGGAACUCUUCUUUAAGAGAGAGAGUCGUAAUAAUCUAAACUCAAAGUCAUUAAUGGUUCAAUAAUUAAGGUCAGGUAUGCCAAAAAACAUCCAAAAAAGAUAUUCUUUUAGGUUGAUAACAAUUUAAAUGUAAGUCAUUAUCUCAAAUAUUUAGGAUAAAAUGUAGCUAAACCAAGAGCUUAUUCAAUUUUACUUUAUAGUUAUUUUUAAAAAUGUUUAGGUUGAAUUAUUGUGA